GUGUUUAUUGUGUCUGCUAAGCGGACCCCGUUUGGCACCUACGGCGGGGUUCUGAAAGACCACAGUGCAACAGACCUAGCAGAGCAUGCCUCCAAGGCUGCUCUCGCCGCUGGGGGAGUGGCACCCGAGCUUGUCAACAGUGUCAUCUUUGGAAACGUCAUGCAGGUGUGCUUAAAACUCCAAAAAGCAAGCAGAGGCAAGGAUAAACUGAAGGAAGGAAAUGUGUGAGCUGACUAUACCGCUCUCUCCCAAUCUCCUUCCCUUCAGAGCUCUGCAGAUGCUCCAUACAUCGCCCGUCAUGUGGGUCUGAGGUGUGGGGUGCCCAUCCCAGUGCCUGCUCUCACCGUGAACCGCCUGUGUGGGUCCGGCUUUCAGUCCAUCAUCAAUGGAGCUCAGGUAUAGUAGACAUAUAAACACUGAGACUCUACAUAGUCUACACCAGGGGUGUCAAACUAAUUUUGCUCCGGGGGCCGCAUUUGGUCUUCAACGAGGUCCGGAGGGCCGCACUGAAAAGGGGUUAUAUUUUCUUGCCAUCAAAAUGUGCGAAACAUAGUCCUCUAUCUAUCGCUUUUGGAAUUUCUAUGCUCCCUUAGCUGGAGAGUCAAGAAACGAUUAAUGUAGUUCCAUUGACUGUGCACUGUGAUUAUUAGUGAUCUGGACAGUCAAUAAACUCUAUGAGUAUAGGUCCAUUAUCAUUUCUACAAAGUUUUGAUUUGUUUUUGUCAUUUGAAAGUAUAUUGAGUUCGUUUAUAUAGAUAUACAUUUUGUUUUGUUUUUACUCAAACCACCCACGGGCUGGAUUGGACCCCCUCGCGGGCCAUGAGUGCUACUCUCCACUAAGCAUUUUUCUAAUACCUCUGUCUGAACUGGACUCCUGCCCACUGUACACUACAAAAAUACAUAUUUAUGAACUAUAACAUGCAAAGUUAUGGGUCACAGAGACCACAGUAAAGUCAUUUCUGCCACAUUGUCAACAUACAAUUUUGUUGUUUGUAGGUCAUGUAGGUCAAUUGUAGGUGCAUGGUUUAGCAGCCUUGUACCUUUGUCCUCUUUAAGAUCCUGUGUGUGUCUGUGUCUCUGUAGGAAAUCUGUCUGAAGGACUCAGAGGUGGUACUGUGUGGAGGCUCAGAGAGCAUGAGCCAGGCGCCGUAUGCUGUCCGCAACGUCCGCUUCGGAACCAAGUUCGGACUCGACCUCAAGGUAUUGAAUUAAUAAAUGAGGAGAGAUAAAAUACCAAAUUUGUAUAGAUUUUGUCAUUUUUGACCACAAGCCCUUUAACAGCUGCUCUAAACCAAUGCCAAGGACUAAGCUAACAUGUUCUCUGUUUCCUUUGUCUCAGCUGGAGGACACUCUGUGGGCAGGGCUUACUGACCUGCACAUUAAGAUCCCCAUGGGCAUCACAGCAGAGAAUCUGGCAGUGAAAUACGAAAUCAGCAGAGACGACUGUGACAAAUACGCACACCAGACACAGCAGAGGUGGAAGGCAGGUCAGUAGUCAACCCUUAAACUAACUAAGCUCACAUGUUUACAAUCCUUACCUUAGGCAUGAAGACUCUCUCCUGAUUAAUCAGUGAUUCCUGAUUAUCUGUCCUCAUAAAUAUUAUGACAAUGAACUGCAUAUUACCAUAUUACCAACAGUUUUUCCAGAUUUCCAUCUGAAUGCUAACCACAUCCCUGAGUUUGUCUGUGUGCUCUCUAAACCUUAGCCCACGAGGCGGGCCACUACACGGCAGAGAUCGCGCCCAUCGAUGUGAAGGCUAAGAAGGGCAAGGUAUCCAUGACCCAGGACGAGCACCCUCGCCCCCAGACCACCCUGGAGCAGAUGGCUAGGCUACCCCCUGUCUUCAAGAAGGGAGGAACGGUCACUGCUGCCAAUGCAUCAGUGAGUACUAAACAAGACUGAUUCAAUUCUGGACCCAAGCUCUUCCACCCAGUUCCUACCAUCUUCUGCCAACAGAGUAUCACAUUCAGUCUGUCCCCAAGCACACCGGUUUUAAAUGGAGUGCAGAUCAUUUUAGUGUGCUGGGCGUAAAUCCUGUGUGCUAGUUUUGAAUGUACUCUUCUUCAUGUUCUGUUCCUAUUCCACUGUUCUGUUCCUAUUCCACAGGGCGUGUCUGACGGAGCUGCUGCCGUGGUGAUAGCCAGUGAGGAAGCUGUGAAGGAGCACAAGCUCACCCCAUUGGCAAGAAUAGUGGCAUAUCACGUCUCCGGAUGUGACCCAAGCAUUAUGGGAAUCGGUGGGUGACUGACAACAAAUGGCUUAUGUACUUGAUGAAAACAUAUGAUACAUCCCAAUACAGGCCUUUCUAGCAUGGCCGUCUAGUGGUUUCUGUUGGUAAGGUUCUGUCAUUCUCCCCCAUCAGGCCCAGUUCAAGCCAUCACUGAAGCCCUGAAGAAAGCAGGUCUCACCCUCCAAGACAUGGAUCUGGUGGAGGUAUGCUCGUCUGUUUUAAGUUCAUAAAUAGGAACUGAUGCAGAUAUUUGGUUGCUCUGUUUUGGUGUACUCUGGCUCAUGUAGCUUACCCUAUAGAAUUGACUUCCUCCUUUUGUCUCUCCUUCUCACUUGCUCUGUCUCUCUCUCUCUUUCUCCUGCUCUGACUUCUCCUGUCCUUCUCUCUCUCUUUCCCCUCUGCUGUCGCUCAGGUGAAUGAGGCGUUUGCUGCUCAGUACCUGGCGGUUUCCAAGGCAUUGGGUCUGGACCCAGAGAAGAGUAAUGCUGAUGGGGGGGCUAUUGCCAUCGGUCACCCCCUAGGAGCCUCAGGAGCACGCAUCACUGCGCACCUGGUCCACGAGCUCAGGUAACCCCACCACACCGGUAGUCUUCUUACUACUCCGGAUCACUUAUCACUCUGUAAAUAUGUAGACAAAUACUGUCAAAUCAAAUCUGAACAAUUCAUUGUUGUCCCAUGUGAGGGAACAGGCAAAGGUUUUUAACUAGAAAAAAAUAAGACAAUUCGAAUGCUGAGCAAUUCAUGUUAUGUCACAGAGGAGUGGUUUAAUGAAUAAUUUGUGGUUUUUCCUUUUCUCAGGCGGAUUGGGGGAAAGUAUGCUGUGGGAUCAGCCUGCAUCGGUGGUGGACAGGGCAUCGCCAUCAUCAUAGAGAACACUCACUGAGGAAGAGACCAAACCAUGCACACACAGAAGUGUACUACUGUAACAUACAUACUCAGAAAGGUACAUUCUGUACCAUCCACACUCAAGUGUACUUUCAAUACCAUCCACGCUCGAAAUACACCACACCCUACAUACCCAGUAGAGUACAUGCCAUAUACACACUCGAAUGCAACUUCAGAUUUUUGUCCAAUGUAGAGUUGAAACACCGGGUUGCAUCGACUUGAAAUGUAAGAAUAUCCACCCUCCAAGCUCUUUGUAUGUUUGAUGCACACUUGAAACAUCCCAAGACUCUACCAUCUAUACUCGAAGAAACACACAAGAUCUCAUCACUCGUCAAUUAUUCCAGAAAACGAUUGCUGUUUACCUAAACACAGAAACGAGGGUGUUUAGUAACACUGUCUGUGAUAAACUCACUCCUUGUAUGCUUCCUUUUACCUUUUCUAAAUGUUUAUGUUUCUAAACCAUACUGUAUGUAUCUGCUUAAAGAGGCCUUGUGAAUCUGAAGGGCUAAAUCAAUUUUUUGUAAGGGACUGUCUUUGUUUGCCUUGAAAACAGUGCUAGCUCAUAGGACAUACUAUUUACCUCUCGCUGUAGCAUAUUAACAAAUGAGAUGAGAAGUGCGGUUUAGUUGGGGUAAAGUUGCUUUCUGUGGAAGGAGAGAUGCCUCUGCCUCUUCCUUACAGCCUCUCUCUCUCCUUGUGUUUGAAUAUGAAUUAUCACUCCGUUGCAGGGAUCACCAUUGCCCUAGAUAUGUACGUGUGUUAACAUGUAAACUGUAAGGUUGCAUUUAAGAUUUGUUAGAUUUUUCCAAAUAAAAAAUAAUC